GCCAUUCUGCUAUCAACCUCCAUCUCCACCUAACCCGACCGUGGUACAGCCUGCGGCGCUGCGGCGAUUCCCCUUGCUCACGGGACAGGACGCCGUGUGUCAGCGGUCCGGGCUAGCCUUGGAACAGGAAAACGGCGCGCAAGAUGGUCCAUUGGCAAAACCCGGAAGUGCUCGCGCUGACUUCAUACCUAUUCACUGUGAACAUCGCGCUCUCACUCGGCUUCUAUGGCUGGUAUUUCAUCCUGUCGCUGCACAAGGUUGAGUUCGGCCUCGUGACGCGUAGAAUUAGGUUUCAACUGGUACAUGUUUGCUACCUAAUUGCACGCUAUGCGCAUCUCAUCUCACUUAUCGCUAUAUUUGCGACUUCGAACAUGAAGAAUUCACCUACGUACCGUUGUUCCGGCUUAGGCCUGUUGAGGCUGGUUUCGGUCACGGAUGAUCUUGCACUGGCCGCAUCCAGCGGAAACCUUGCCUUACGCGCUAUGGUACUUUGGAAAGAUAAGCGGGCUGCGUCUUGGAUUCUCCGCAUCUUAUGUGCUGGUCAUAUGAUUUAUGCCGUAGUUUUGGGCCUCGCAGGAGUUCGCCAGAAGUGGGACCCAGUUCAUCAAACAUGCGUUCUCGAUGCCGACGCCGCGCGCAAGGCGCUCGUGGGAUUCCUGAUGUGUACAAUAACAUGGGAUGUCUCUAUUCUAGCUCUGACCGUGUCAGGCAUACGCAGGAAGGGGCUCUUAGCGGCAUGGCCGCUUUGGCCGACAUUGGCAAUACAAGGGGCAAGUUAUGUUUUGAUCACACUUCUAACCUGCAUAUCUGUCUCUGUGCUGUACCUCCUUAAUCUCAACGAGGUCAUGAACAUCUUCUUAUUGCCACCAGGGUGCACGAUCAGUGUUAUCGUGUCCUCGUCGGCUGUGUCUUCCUUGCUGAGCAUAAACGAGGAAGGCCAAAGAGUCACGGCCUCAAGUAAUCGUCGGUCAAGGACACACGAUCAUAAAAACGGCAACAUGCUUACGACCGUCGUAGAUGCCACAGAGCCGCGCUCAUCAAGCCAGGUAAAUGAAUCGGUGCCGCUUGGCGACGUGAACCUGAACGCGUCCGAAGACGUCGAGCCGGGACUAGGGCCAUCGAAGAGAUGACAAUAGACAUCUGCCAUGUAGACGUGCAUCUGGAAACCAGCUGAAGUACUCAUUU